CACCCCACCCCGCUCCCCACGAUCUCUUCCCCUAAUCUCCCCCGCUCCCCACAUCUGCCUUCCCUGCCUGGCCCGCGUCGUCGCCGUCCCUGACCUCCAAUCGUGUCGCCGCCAGGUCCGACACCCAACCGUCUGGCGGUAGAGGCCCGACCUCCCAUCGCGCCUCCAUGCCCGACCUCCCUACACCGCCGCUCUCCGCUACCCCUAGCUCUCUGCGCCGCCGCCCCUCUACCCCUAGCUCUCUGCGCCGCCGCCCUGGCCCUACCUCCGGCACUGCCGCCGCCCCAACCUCUGGCGCCGCUGCCGCCCCAACAUUCGUCGCCAUCUCUCCCCCGCCCCAACCUCCGGCGUCCCCUCGCCGAUGGCAGCGGCGGUGUCCACGGAGACACUCUCCGGCUGCGCUCGUCCUCUCCCCAGCACCUUAAAUUCUAGCCCCAGCUCUACCCACCUGGCCCCAUUCGCGUCAUGCUCCCGGCCCCACCGGCUUGCGGCCGCCAUGGUUGCCCAGGUGUGGGAACCUCUGCUUCGGGAUCAUUUAACUCACAAUUUGUGCCCCGCGGUUGAGGUAAACCCUGAGGACGACAUGCAUGGGAGUCUUGGGAGUAGCAUCAACACCAUUCUCACUACACAGAACACACAUAUAUUGUCCUUUAGGACUGUGUUUUGAGAACCUAGUAUAGUUUAUACUUUACUAUGCUUGGUGGUUUGUUUUGAAGUUUGGAAGUUGCCCUUUCCGUCUGUAUGGCUUAACAACUCUCACUAAGACUUAUGUUCUCGCCGAUGUUCUCGGUUUGGUAUUGUAGCUUGGUGCUUUACACUUAUGCCACGUUCCUGGUGAUAUAUAACUAUAUGAACUGCA